AUGUCAAUUGUGUGGCUCAACGAGCAUAUCAACCAUUAUGCUGGCGUCUCCUCUCCUCUCCCCUCCCCACUCGGCUACUAUUCAAACUGGUCGUGUCUAUACAACCUCUGGGUCCUCCGCUUCCGCGAGUCCGACACGGCGCGCUUGUACGUCGGCGGCCAGCAGGAGGGCUUCACGCGCCAGGCUGUCUGGAAGGAGCGCGGGCUCUCCAUCGUCACCAAAGUCUGGCCGCUCCCCGCCGGCUCCCAAGAGCACGAGGCGCUGACGCGCGCGUUCGAGACCAGCCUCAGGGUGUUGGGUGCCGACUCCGUAGACGUACUUGGGACCCCCGGGCUGAGGAGCGGCUUCGAUGCUACUGGCCGACGCGCGAGCGCAGAUAUUUUACCUCUACUCGCCUGUGGCCGAGAUCGCGACGACGUGCGCGCGGCACGACUGGGCGCGGCCUCCGGCGUCGCCAUCGGCUUCUCGAACCUCCACCAGCUCACCGACAACCUCAGCUACCUCGAGAAGGGCCCGCUCGACGACGAGAUCGUCGAGGUGCUCGAGGGCGCGUGGGGGGCGUCCAAGGGCGACAUGGAGCCCUACUGGCAGAUGCCGAUGGUCUACGGCUACGACACCGAGAAGGCACUCUUCGGGCCCGAUAGCAAGUGA